CCGUUUAUAAAAUUCCCUCUUUUUUUUUUGGAUUUUCAAAACCCUUGAUUCAUAGUUCAUACUCAUUCGAAAACCUCACGCGAAGCAAUUUCGAAAUCAAAUUCAAAACUAUCGAAUCCGUUUCUGCGAUUAAAAAAAAAAAAAAAAAAAGAAGCAAAAACCCCUCUUUUAAUGCUUUCCAAUCAAUGGUUGAAUCGAAUCAGGCAUCAGCGAUGGUUGUGGUUUGGCUGUUGAGGGCGGGGUGGAUUGCAGCGACUCUGCCGAUUGUAAUCGCUUCCGUUCCGUCGUCCAAAUUCAGCGCGUUUCACGAUUUGGUGCUUUGGUUCGGUCGCCGCGGAAAAACUAUGGAGUCUUCAUCUAAGAAACUCUCGGUACCUCAAAAACUCUUUUGUCACUUUUACAUUCUGGCAGUAAUAUGGACUACGUUUCUGCUUGUUGCCACAUGGCUGUAUGCAUAUAAAACAGCUCCAAUAGUUUCCGAGCCAGUGCUAUAUUCGAGUAUAGCUAGCCAAUUGACUGGAGUUUCACAUGAGCUUUCUGUGCAUAAAUCUCAUUUAUCAUUGAGAGGAUACAAAUACGGGAUCUGGAAAUCCGUGUUUCUGCUUUUCUUGAUGGAAACUCAAGUUUUACGGCGCCUUUUCGAAGGUAUUUACGUAUUCAAGUACAGCCCCUCAGCUCGGAUGCAUAUUGUCGGCUAUCUCACGGGACUUUUCUUUUAUACGGCAGCUCCACUAUCCCUCUGCUCCACAUAUGCUUUGGAGGUGUUCGAAUUUGUGACAAAUAUGUCUGCAGAGUUUGUUGUCAAAGGGAAGGAUAGAAUGCAAGUUACAGAAUAUGAUUUGUGGGGGCAUUUGAAUCCGCUUAUACACCUCAAAUGGUAUGUCUGGAUCGGUGCAGCUUUUUUCUCCUGGGGUUGGAUUCAUCAACGCCGUUGUCAUGCUAUUCUUGGCUCUUUAAGGGAGAAUAAUCAAAAGGUCAACGACUAUACAAUUCCUCACGGCGACUGGUUUGAAUAUGUCUCGUCUCCACAUUAUCUUGCAGAAAUUGUUAUGUAUGGAGGGCUUGUGAUUGCUAGUGGAUUUUCUGAUAUUACAGUUUGGUUACUCUUCGGAUUUGUGGUGGCAAAUCUUUCCUUUACGGCUGCUGAAACGCAUAGGUGGUAUAUACGUAAAUUUGACAGCUACCCUAGAAACCGUUGUGCAAUCAUUCCUUUCGUUUACUAAUAAUGUUUAUAAUGACCUAGUAGUUGUAUUUACAAAGGACAACUCUGAACGUCAAAUUUUUUUAUUUUUAAAUUCAAAGUUUCAUCUCCUC